CAAGGCUAAGCAGCUGGUGUGCGGAUCUCAAAUCAAUCUUGCCACGAGAUUCUUUUGGUUUGGAAUCUCAAGCAUUUUUCGUGAAUCGUUCAAAUAAUGCGGUUUAAAGUACAUCGAGUUUUCAUAGUGUUUGUUGUGAUGUGCACAAUAUGGAAGGAUGCAGAAUCGAAGUUUGAUUUCCGCGGUUUUAUUAAAAAGCAUGACGGUGGAUGGUUCUACAAGGAUAAAGGAAAGUGUCAAGAACGCUGCAACGAAUGGUACGGGAUGUUCAAAAUAAGGGACACGGAAGAUACUCCACAACCAGUGGCUGUGGGCAAGGUAUACAAGUUCAAAUGUAUCUGUCACUCUGACAGAAAUGUUCGCAUGGCUGUCAAAAGAGCGUAUUCAUCCAGCUUUAAAUCCGGGGUGUAUCGCGUUCUCCAUUUUGCGGGGUUUGGGAACCAAAUCAAAUCGUGGUAUAAAAAAAUCCAGUACAUACCUUACAGUGAAUACCUUGCCAAUAAAGCUUUUUACACCAAAAAACAGAAUUGAAAUGGAGUAACGUGUUUAACGUUUUAAAAGUUUUGUCAUCCCUGUCUGGAUCUACAAUAUAUUUAUGUGACUAAAUGUUUGAAGUAUUGAGGAAAUAAUCAUACAAUAAUGUGUUACUUUUGUAAUCGUUUUCAACCAUUUCACUAGUAAAUAUUAUAUAUCAUUUAUAUU